UUUUCCUUUUAUUAUAUUAUUGUUAUUAUCAUAAUCAUUAUUAUUAUCAUUAUUAUUUUAAUUAUUAAACUGUUCUUAUCUCAACCCACAAGUUGGGGUUUUUUUUUGCUUUUGCUCUUCUGAUUCUCUCCCCCAUCCCACAGGGGUGGGGGGAGUGAGUGAGCGGCUGCGUGGUGUUUAGUUGCCAACUAGAGCUGAACCACGACACAUGCUUAUUUCAAAAUUUCUGUGGUCAGAGAGGAUAGUUAUUCCUUAGUUAGCAUUACAAAAAUUAAGUCUUGUUGUCUUGGUCUGGACAUGCUGUGUGUUGUCCGCCAGCAGGCCACUGUGCCCCCUCCAUUUGUUUAAUAAAACCCAAAGCAAAAUGCUGCAUUUGUGAGCUUCCAGAAACAGGAUGUGUCUCUUCAAACUGUCUCGUAAACGGAAGUUGCAAAACUCAUUCUUCACUGUUCAUCUCUCUGACUUGGAGAAAGCAGCACACAUCUCCAUGAGCUUCCCACUAACUGAAAGAUGUCAGCAAUUGGAGUAUUGUCCUCCUGUUCCUGUCUCCGUCCUGGUGUAUGGCUGCUGAAACCAGGAAUGCAGAUGAUGAGCUCCUUUGGCUUACACACAGCGGCCAGGUGUGCUGCCAAGGAUUAUUUUGAAGUACUUGUGUUGGGUGGAGGCGCUGGUGGAAUCACCAUGAGUGCUCGGAUGAAGAGGAAAGUGGGGGCAGAAAAUGUGGCUGUUGUUGAGCCAAGUCAGACUCAUUACUAUCAGCCACUGUGGACCCUGGUUGGUGGUGGUGCAAAGCGGCUGGCAGCUUCUGCACGACCAACAGGAAGUGUAAUGCCUAAAGGUGUUGAGUGGAUCAAAUCUCAGGUUACAGCACUGGAUCCAGAUAAGAACUGCGUCUGGCUGGAGAAUGAUAUCAAGAUAUCUUACAAGUAUCUGAUAAUUGCCCUUGGGAUUAAUCUGCAUUACGAAAAGAUCAAAGGCUUGCCUGAGGGUUUUCAAUACCCUAAAAUAGGUUCCAAUUAUUCAGUUCAUACGGUAGAGAAAACAUGGAAAGCUUUACAAGAUUUCAAGGAAGGAAAUGCUAUCUUCACUUUUCCAAACACUCCAGUGAAGUGUGCAGGGGCUCCUCAGAAGAUCAUGUAUUUAUCCGAGGCCUACUGGAGGAAAACAGGAAAACGUUCCAAAGCAAACAUAAUGUUCAACACUUCACUUGGUGUCAUUUUUGGCGUUAAGAAGUAUGCUGAUGCAUUGCUUGAAAUAGUAAAGGAGAGGAAUAUUGCUGUUAACUAUAAGCGCAACCUUGUAGAAGUUCGAGCAGACAAGCAGGAAGCUGUGUUUGAGAACUUGGAGAAACCUGGAGAGACUGAAGUUCAUCAGUAUGAAAUGCUUCACGUCACCCCCCCCAUGGGGCCACCUGCUGUACUCAUCAACAGCCCUGUCUCAGAUGCAAGUGGCUGGGUGGAUCUAGAUAAAGAAACUCUACAACAUAAAAAGUACCCUAAUGUAUUUGGUAUUGGAGACUGCACCAACCUUCCAACAUCAAAAACUGCUGCAGCUGUAGCUGCCCAGUCCGGAGUGCUUGAUAGAACUAUUUCCUUGGUAAUGAAGAACCAGUUGCCAACUAAAAAGUACGAUGGAUACACUUCCUGCCCGCUAGUAACAGGCUACAACAAGGUGAUUCUAGCAGAAUUUGACUACAAUGGUCAGCCUUUGGAGACCUUUCCCAUUGACCAGAGUAAGGAGAGGAUAACCAUGUACCAUAUGAAAGCUGAUAUGAUGCCUUUCCUCUAUUGGAAUGCACUACUUAAGGGCUACUGGGGAGGACCAGCUCCUGUCAGGAAGCUAAUGCAUCUAGGCUUGAAGUAACUGCUUGUGCUCAGAGUUGGUCAAAUCCCUUUGGAUAAAAAGGACUGGUCUCAGAAUGGAUCAAUACAUAUCUUCCCUCUUGGACAAGUGCCUAGUAGACUGUUUGUGUGAGUUUGAUUAAAAAACUUUUGUCCUAAAUUCACUUCUCCUACUAGAGGGUUGAAAAGCCUUCAUAUGCUCUUUUACUGCUCUUCUAUGUAAAUCAAGGCCUUAAACGACUUCUGUACAUACACAGGAGUUUGAACUUAAGUGUGAACUUGCCUUAAGCUACAGAACACUACUGAAAUCUUCUAGAGCGAUGAAAAAUGUUAAAGCUGCUCUAUAUGUAAAAAUUUUUCCAACUUUAAACUGAAUUUUCUGCAUCUGAGAUAAAACCUUUGCAUGCAUUGAAGAGAAUACUUAAAAUGCUAGUAAAAUAGCUUGAAACCA